GAGUUACAACCUUCACUUUCUACUCUCUCCUAUACAUUCUUUCUUUAGAUCGCUUUUACAAGCUACUUUAUUGCUUCAGCCUUUCUCCUUUUCAAGGGGCUUCGAUUUAAUUUCCUUAUAGUUCUUUUCAGAUAACACAUCGAUCCCAGACAUCUCUUUCAUCCUUUUUCUACUCUCACCCAGAAAAAAACAAAAAAUGAAGUUCUUGUCUACAAAAGCCACAUGCAACUCUCAUGGCCAAGAUUCCUCAUACUUCCUAGGAUGGCAAGAAUACGAGAAGAACCCCUACGAUGAGGUUCUGAAUCCCCAAGGAAUUAUUCAGAUGGGUCUUGCAGAGAACCAGCUCUCUUUCGAUCUCCUAGAGUCUUGGCUCGCUAAGAACCCUGACGUGGCGGGAUUCAAGAGCGAUGGCAAAUCAAUAUUCCGAGAGCUUGCUCUGUUCCAGGACUAUCAUGGCCUCCCUUCCUUCAAGAAGGCAUUGGUGGACUUCAUGGCUGAGAUUCGAGGAAACAAAGUGACUUUUGAUCCCAACCACAUUGUUCUAACAGCUGGUUCCACCUCAGCAAACGAGACCCUCAUGUUUUGUCUUGCUGAACUAGGAGACGCGUUCCUCCUUCCCACUCCUUAUUACCCUGGAUUCGAUAGAGAUCUCAAGUGGCGAACUGGGGUGGAGAUCGUUCCAAUACAAUGCACUAGCUCCAAUAACUUCCAAAUCACUGAAGCCGCUUUGAAACAGGCUUAUCAAGAGGCGAAGAAGCGCAACCUCAGAGUCAAAGGCGUGUUGGUGACAAACCCAUCCAACCCACUUGGCACUACCAUGUCCCGGAGUGAAUUGAAUCUUCUCGUUGACUUCAUCAAAGACAAAAACAUGCAUUUGAUAAGCGACGAGAUUUACUCCGGUACCGUUUACAACUCCCCAGGCUUCGUCAGCAUCAUGGAAAUCCUUAAGGACAGAAAUGACCUUAAAGAUUGCGGUGCCAAUGUUUGGGACCGAGUUCACAUAGUGUAUAGUCUCUCCAAAGACUUGGGCUUACCAGGAUUCCGUGUGGGCGCAAUCUAUUCUGAAAACGAGGUCGUUGUGGCGGCUGCGACAAAAAUGUCAAGCUUUGGCUUGGUUUCCUCACAAACUCAGUACCUCCUCUCAGCCAUGCUGGGUGAUAAGAAAUUCACCAAAAACUACAUCUCUGAGAACCUAAAGAGGCUGAAACGACGCCAGAGAAACCUUGUUUCAGGCCUCCAGAAAGCAGGCAUUAGUUGUCUUAAAACCAACAAUGCAGGCUUGUUUUGUUGGGUUGACAUGAGGCACCUUCUCCACUCCAACACAUUCGAAGCUGAGAUGGAGCUCUGGAAGAAGAUACUCUACCAGGUUCGGUUAAACAUAUCCCCAGGGUCCUCCUGCCACUGUACCGAACCUGGCUGGUUUCGGAUGUGCUUUGCUAACAUGUCCGAAGAAACUCUAAACCUAGCCAUGAAACGGUUGAAGACCUUCGUCCAAGAGUCAAAUCACGACAACGGGUGCACCACGAAAAGAGUUCAGUCUUCAAGAAGAAAGUCACUCUCCAAUUGGGUAUUCCGGCUAUCUUCUCGCGAACAUCGUGAACAAGAACAACGAUAGCCCGGCGGUGACGUGAACUGUGCUAAGUCUGAACGCAUGCAGAAUUAACUUUAUUAUUUUUUCCUCACCGAAUAUUCUUGGUGGAGUUACAACUACGUAGCUAUAUAGUUAUUGUUAUUUAUUACUAUUACUAUUUUUUAAAAUGAUGAAAUUGUAGCUAGAGAAGACGAACACUCUAUCCAUUUGGAUGUAAAGUGUGGUCUGUUAAUUAGUGAGCUACCAUCGUUUGUACAACUUCCAUCUCAAUCAUCAGUUACCUUAUGC